AAGAAGGAGAGAUUCUUCUUUGAUGAUGUGGAAAUUAAGAUAACACCAACUGUUGGUUUAUUCAUUACAAUGAACCCGGGAUAUGCUGGUAGGACUGAACUACCUGAAAACCUCAAAGCACUCUUCAGACCUUGUGCUAUGGUGGUUCCUGACUUUGAACUGAUUGCUGAGAUAAUGUUAGUAGCUGAGGGUUACAUUGAUGCUCGUAUACUAGCAAGGAAGUUCCUUACUCUGUACACUCUGUGUAAGGAGCUGCUGUCUAAACAGGAUCACUAUGACUGGGGGCUGAGGGCCAUUAAAUCAGUACUGGUGGUAGCUGGAUCUCUUAAGAGAGGAGAUAGAGGAAGGCCUGAAGACCAGGUAUUAAUGAGAGCAUUAAGAGAUUUCAACACUCCAAAGAUAGUGACGGAUGAUGUCCCAAUAUUCAUGGGACUGAUAGGGGACCUGUUUCCAGCACUGGAUGUACCCAGAAAGAGAGACAUGGACUUUGAAGCAUGUGUCAAGCAAAGCGUACUAGAUCUUGGUCUUCAGGCUGAGGAUGGUUUUGUAUUGAAAGUGGUUCAGUUGGAGGAACUGAUUCAUGUCAGACACUCUGUGUUUGUGAUUGGUAAUGCUGGAACUGGGAAAAGCAAGAUAUUACGGUCACUCAACAGAACGUACCAGAACAUGAAGAAGAAGCCAUUAUGGCAGGACCUCAACCCAAAGGCUGUCACAAACGAUGAAUUGUUUGGCUACAUAAACCCAGCGACCAGAGAAUGGAAGGACGGCCUGUUCUCCUGCAUAAUGAGAGACCUCGCUAACAUAUCAAAUGAGAGUCCCAAGUGGAUUGUACUAGAUGGAGACAUUGACCCAAUGUGGAUUGAAUCACUCAACACUGUCAUGGAUGAUAAUAAA